AAGCAGGUGUCUCUGGAGAGCAAUGCAUACUGAUCACAAGAAAACAAGAAUAAUUCCUCUUUCAAAAUGUUCUCCUCCUCUGCUCCUUGUGCUAUGCUUAUUAUCAUCGUUCUUCCUGGGAUUCCUUUGGCAGACCUCCAAAGGACACUGGCUGACCAGUGGGAUCUCAAUAUUAUGUGAAACACAGAGUAACCAGACUGAUAUCUUGGAUGGUUUAUCAGAAAUAAAGUUAUCGAGAAUGGUUUACCCAAAGCCAGAGAUCUUUAAGCCACCGAGAACCGAUGUCCUUACAGUGACUCCAUGGCUUGCCCCAAUUAUUUGGGAGGGGACCUUCAACUUGGAUAUCUUGAAUGAACAGUUCAAACAAAGGAACACAACUGUUGGACUGACAGUGUUUGCUAUCAAAAAGUAUGUCGUCUUCCUCCAGAAGUUUCUAGAAACUGCAGAGACUUAUUUCAUGGCUGGGCAUAGAGUAAAGUAUUAUAUCUUCACUGACAGACUUGAAGCCAUUCCUAACAUCACUGUCAAAGCUGGAAGGGAGAUAGUCCCUCUGAAAGUCCAAAAUUACCCCAGGUGGCAGGAAAUCUCCAUGCGCCGGAUGGAGAUGAUCAAUCACUACUCUCAACAGCGCUUUAUCCAUGAAGUUGAGUUUCUGGUGUGUGUCGAUGUAGACAUGCGGUUUGGUGACCAUGUUGGAGUAGAGAUUUUGAGUGAGGUAUUUGGCACGAUUCACCCAGGUUUCUAUGCCUCUGAGCGCAAGGUAUUUACCUACGAACGACGUCCCAUCUCUGAAGCUUUCAUUCCCCUUGAUGAGGGGGAUUUUUACUAUGCUGGAGGUUUCUUUGGAGGAACUGUGGCUGAAGUUUACAAGCUCACCAAGAAGUGCCACGAAGCCAUCAUGACUGACAAAAACAAAAGUGUGGAAGCCAUCUGGCAGGAAGAGAGUCACCUAAACAAGUAUUUUGUGUACAAUAAACCAACAAAAUUACUUUCCCCAGAAUAUUUGUGGUUUGGUGAACACUAUAGCCCAAGGUUUCUCAAGAAGAUGAGAUUUAUUGAAAUCCCCAAGAACCGUAAUGUAAUUAGAUAUAAAAGACAUUUGCUUGUGAAAUGAUAGCUAGACUUUUUCUGCAGAAUGAAUAAAAUAUCAUUAUUUAUUACAAAA